AUUGCUAGCAAGAUGGCCGCUAAGCACAGAGAGAGGUGCCUGGGCUCUGCAGGGGGAUAGAGACAUUAGUGGGCUAGCGCCGAUUUGGUGACUCUUGCGAAAAGUGCAAAACCCAGAAGUCUUCGCCCAGCCAUGGCGGCUGUCAUGCACAUAUAGAAAAAUCCCACCCUCGCCCCAAUAUGGAGCCGGCAGCGUCGGGCGAGCGCAGCAGUCUGGACAGCCCUCUGGAGGAUGCCAUCUGUGGGAGCUUGGAUGCUGAAGACUUCUUCGACGAGCCCUCUGAGGACGCAGCAUACAGCACCUCCCCGCCAUGCACUCCGCGGCAGAUGAAACGGAUGUCUGGCAAACACCAGAGGAACAGCCUGGGCAAGGCCACCACCCGAGCCGCUAACAGAGAGAAGAUCAUCACAUCAACUCAGACCCCGCAUAAAGAAAACAGCAAACCUUGUGAAAUCCCAGAGGAGCACAUUUACAAACAGGGGAAGAAGCACAGAGCCAACCUGCGGUCGACCGAACGAGACAACAAGAAGACCUUUGAAGGCUCUUUCAUGUUGGACUCGGUGACUGGGUCUCUGUCCAGAACCCCACUCCCGAAUAUGGACCCCCGAAAGCCCUACCUCAGCCUGGGCUGCGGCAGUGCAAAGCUGCCCGUCCCCGUGCCUGUGCCCCUGGCCAGGACAGCCCGCCAGACUUCCCGCACUGACUGCCCUGCGGACAGGCUCAAAUUCUUUGAGACGUUGCGGCUGCUGCUCAAGCUGACCUCCAUCUCCUCCAAGAAAAAGGAGAGGGAGCAGAGGGGUUUGGAGAACACGUCCUUCAUGGGCCAGAACAACGAGGUGAUCUGGCUGGAGCUGCAGGCCUGGCAUGCGCGGAGAAGCAUCACCGAUCAGGACCUGUUCCUGUAUACUGCGCGCCAGGCCAUACCGGACAUCAUCAAUGAAGUCUUGCACUUUAAAGUCGACUACAGGAGCCUCUGUAGCCCAGCAACUGCAGGGUGCACAGUGGAUGGAACGCAUGAGGAGGAAGGCAAAGAGCAGGAGAAGAAGGAUGACCUUCAGGCUUUCCACUGUAAUAGCAUUUCUGGAAUGAAUGCCAUGGGGCACUCAGACUGUCAGGAGCACCUGCAGCAGCAGAGACUGUCUUUCGAACAGGUGAAGAGAGUGAUGGAGCUGCUGGAGUCAGUGGAAGCACUUUACCCAUCGCUGCAGACCCUUCAGAGGGACUAUGAAAAAUAUGCAGCCAAGGACUUCCAGGGCAGAGUGCAGGCACUCUGUCUGUGGCUUAACAUCACCAAGGACCUGAACCAGAAGCUGAGGGUCAUGGGUACUGUGUUGGGUAUCCGCAACCUAUCGGAUAUGGGCUGGCCUGUGUUCGAGAUCCCGUCGCCCCGCAGUUCAAAAGGGAAUGAAGAUGAGGAGGAUGAGGAGAAUGACUCAACUGCCACAUACACGGCGGACAGCGAGGGGGAGGACCUGCUGGAUGAGGGCGAGAGUGGGGAGAUCAACUUUAACAACCACCAUGACCAGGACGAACACCCAGCCAAGUUACCCUGUGUGACACCCAUGCUUGACAGACUUCUGUCAGAGGAUGAGCUCCUGAUCGGAGGAUCUCUGGACCCUACGUAUGAUGGGGGAGGCGGCAGACAUUGUCCCACCUCCAUCUACAGGCCCUUCGUGGACAAAGCACUGAAGCAGAUGGGCCUUAGGAAGCUCAUUCUAAGGCUGCAUAAGCUGAUGGACAGAUCUUUGCAGCGGGCUCGUUCAGCACUAAUGAGUGAUAACCAACCUCAGGAGUUCUCCGAGUUUCCGGACCCGAUGCUCUACAGUGACUACCUGCCUGAGCUCUCUCGACAUCUGAACCCUGGCUCGCCCAGCUGUGAGGAGAGCGACUGCCGUGUGUCGUGGGAGGAGCUGGUGGCCAUGAACCUGCCCUCCUUCCAGCCUGCCUUCCUGGUCUUAUGUCGAGUGCUGCUGAACGUCAUCCACGAGUGCCUGAAGCUGCGCCUGGAGCAGAGGCCAGCUGGAGAGCCCUCACUGCUCAGCAUCAAACAGCUGGUGCGCGAGUGUAAGGAGGUUUUGAAAGGGGGCUUGCUGAUGAAGCAGUACUAUCAGUUCAUGCUGCGUGGCCUGGUCCAGGACCUCCAGGAAUUGCAGAAGAAUGCCAACAUAGAUGAAUUUGAGGAGGAUCUACAUAAAAUGUUAAUGGUGUAUUUUGAUUACAUGCGUAGCUGGAUCCAAAUGUUACAGCAGUUGCCACAAGCCUCUCACAGCCUGAAGAACCUGCUGGAGGAAGAGUGGGACUUCACCAAGGUUAUCACGCCAUACAUCCGAGGAGGAGAGGCCCAGUCUGGCAAGCUCUUCUGUGACAUUGCUGGCAUGCUGCUGAAGUCCACUGGUGACUUUUUGGAUGCAGGCCUUCAGAAGAGCAGGGAUGAAUUCUGGGAAAGUGCAGAUGACAGCACUGCUUCUGAUGAGAUUAGGCGCUCUGUCAUUGAGACCAGCCGAUCACUGAAGGAGCUGUUUCACGAAGCCAGGGAGAGGGCCUCAAAAGCUCUUGGAUUUGCCAAAAUGCUUCGCAAGGACUUAGAGAUUGCAGCUGCUUUUGUCAUCUCUGCUGGUGUGCCAGGUCUCCUUUGUAAUCUUAAGGAAAAACAGUAUGUCAAAGUUGAGAUCCCGGGCUUGGAGGACCUCCAGGUGUUCGUGCCAGCCAGCCUAAGUGCUCAGAGAGCCAUCAUCCUGCAGUUGCUCAAUGCUGCUGCUGGCAAGGAUUGCUCUAAGGAAUCUGAUGACAUUUUGGAUGAGUCUUACCUGCUGAUGACCAAGCAGAAGGCUGGCGAUGUGGAGAACGAGGCUGGCCGGAGCCUGUGGGAGGGCACUGUGCUGAAACUGGUUCCUCAGGUGGAGACAGUGGACACCUUGAGAUCCAUGCAGGUGGGCAACCUGCUACUGAUCGUUAUGCACUCAGCCCACCUGGUUGCCCAGAGGAAGGCUUUCCAGCAUUCCAUGGAGGACUUGAUCUCCCUGAGCAGAGAGCAGACCUCCAGCCAGCCUGUCAUUGCCAAAGCUCUGGAACAGCUGAAGAACGAGGCUCUGCAGCUGUGCAUCAAGAUAAACAAUGCCAUAGACCGGGUAGAGCACAUGUUCACAUCAGAGUUUGAGGCGGAGGUUGAGGAAUCGGAGUCAGCCACAUUGCAGCAGUACUACAGAGAGGCCAUGAUUCAGAGCUACAACUUCGCCUUUGAGUACCAUAAGGAAGUGGUGCGACUAAUGUCUGGGGAAUUCCGGCAGAGGAUUGGGGAGAAAUACAUCACCUUUGCAAGGAAAUGGAUGAACUAUGUUUUAACAAAAUGUGAAAGUGGAAGGGGCACGCGACCCAGAUGGGCGACACAAGGCUUUGAUUUCCUUCAAGCUAUUGAGCCUGGUUUUAUUUCUGCACUGCCUGAAGAUGACUUUCUGAGUUUACAGGCGCUGAUGAACGAGUGCAUUGGUCAUGUGAUUGGCAAACCACACAGUCCUGUCACCGGCCUGUAUUUUGGCACUCGGAACAACCCUCGUCCUGUGAAGGUGCCCCGUUGCCAUAGUGAUCCCCCAAACCCCAACCUGUUUAUCCCCAAUCCAGAGGCCUUCAGCUCUCGGAGUCUCCCCUGUGACCUGCGGAGCCAGCUGUGCCCUACACCCCCCCGCCCUGCCCCAGGCCCCGGGGAGCCCUGCCACCCCAAACCUGGCAGCAGCUCUAAUGAAAUCAGAGGUUCUAAUCUCCACGAGAACGACCGCCUGUCUUCAGUUGCAGCUGAAAUGCAGUUCAGGUCUCUCAGCAGACACUCAAGCCCCACAGAAGACCGUGAAGAACCAUCCUAUCCUAAGGGAGACCCAAACACCACAGCAAGGAGGAGCUGGGAGCUCCGAACCUUCAUCAGCCAGUCCAAAGACACCGCAGCUCGACAGAGCCCCAUGGAGGCAGUGCGCAAGUCCAUCAGACUGCUAGAGGACAAACGGUACGCAAUGAUGAAACAGAAGAACAUCAUCGGUCAGGUGUGCAACAUCCCCAAAUCCUACGACAACGUCAUGCAUGUGGGUCUCAGGAAAGUCACCUUCAAAUGGCAGAGAGGCAAUAAAAUAGGUGAGGGACAAUAUGGAAAAGUAUACACCUGCAUUAAUGUGGACACUGGAGAGCUGAUGGCUAUGAAGGAGAUCCGAUUCCAGCCUAAUGACCACAAAACAAUAAAAGAGACAGCAGAUGAACUGAAAAUCUUUGAAGGCAUCAAACAUCCAAACUUGGUUCGGUACUUUGGCGUAGAGCUACAUCGGGAGGAGAUGUAUAUCUUCAUGGAGUUCUGUGACGAGGGUACGCUGGAAGAGGUGUCACGGCUGGGUCUACAGGAGCAUGUCAUCAGGCUAUACAGCAAACAGAUCACCAUUGCUAUCAACGUGCUGCACGAACAUGGCAUCGUACACAGAGAUAUCAAAGGUGCCAACAUCUUCUUGACAUCCUCUGGACUAAUUAAACUUGGAGAUUUUGGCUGUUCAGUAAAGCUGAAGAAUAAUGCCCACACAAUGCCAGGGGAGGUAAACAGCACUUUGGGCACGGCAGCUUACAUGGCACCUGAGGUCAUCACUAGAGCAAAGGGUGAAGGUCAUGGGCGAGCUGCUGACAUCUGGAGCCUGGGCUGUGUCCUCAUCGAAAUGGUUACAGGCAAGCGCCCCUGGCAUGAGUAUGAGCACAACUUCCAGAUCAUGUACAAGGUGGGCAUGGGGCACAAGCCACCUAUCCCUGAGAAGCUGAGCACUGAAGGCAAGGACUUCUUAAGCCAUUGCUUGGAGAGCGAGCCCAAGCAGAGGUGGACUGCCAGUGCACUGCUUGACCACCCUUUUGUGAAGGUUUGUACAGAUGAAGAAUGAAGCUUGAAGUGACUCAACGGUUGUUCUGACACAUACAAACAAAUCACUACUGUAUGUAAUAUUUACAAUAAAUUGUGUUCAGACAAACAACAAUGCAUUUUAGCUAUUGAGGUUCACAGCUGGAUUCAAUCACUCAUCCAGUAACACUGACAAGUCCAGCAGAAAAGCAAGUCUUAAGUGUAUAGUAAGGGGCAUUUUUGUACAUAGAAUUGGAUUGGUAAUCCAUGUAUAUAGAAUUGUAAAGCUUAGUAGCCACUUCCAGACUUGCUGUUCUGCUGACCUUUAUUAGAAAAUAAGAACAAAGCUUGGGUUCUUUUUGCAGCUAAUGCUUUUUUGCCCAAGAAGUGCAACUCUAUUCCAACAGAGGGGAGAGUGGCUGCGACUUCAAUUACCAACAGGGAACGGUGCCGAUUAAUUCGGCCUUGUUGAAGGGCAGAUGUUACGAACCUGCAGGGUAUGAGCUCAGAAGUGUGUGUUGUACUGGUUCUUGUGUUCCAUUAAAACUGGAGAAAUGAGUAAGAUCCACAAAAGGGUUCUCAUUAUAACUAUUGUUUAGGGCAAGCUUAGAAAGGUUUUUAUUUAUUCGAUUUUGGGGUUAAUUAUUUUCACUAUCUUGCCUUGAAACACAUUUUUACUGGUUGUAUAUAAAUAGUGUUGACACAAAAUCAUCCACACUCCCCAAGAGGAUACCUAUACCUGCAGCAGUUCCUGGCCUGCUGCUCAUGACUUGUAUCCCUGUGAUAUAAGGCUCUGGAACUCCUCUGGCCCAUGGAGUGAAGUCUGUGUCCCUUUCUGACUGACAAGCUCAGCAAUCAAGGAGGUCACUCCAAACUACUGCUGCUGCUGCAUUCGAUUCUGGCACAUGCUGCUCCUGUGAUGUUUGCAAUGGAAAAACAAAAUGGCAAAUAAUAAGUGCAUGUUUAGGUAAAAGUGCCAUUACUACUGUACAAGGACCACUUGUGGUUUCUGCCAUCAACUUGCAAAAGAACAGCAGGGGAACGGCUGGGAGUUCUGACCCUGAAAUUCUGGACUUCUACUGUCGGAUAGCCUCUAGACUGUGUAAAGAUGAUUUUUGUUUUAGCUUUUUCCUGUUUGUUGUGCUGUGCAACUAUUUUUAAUUUGUACAAAUGCACUGACUUCUGUAAAACUCGUUUUGCCAGCUUCUGUAAGUUUGUCUUCUGCAAAGACUGAUCAAUUUUUUUUCCAAUAAAUUGUUUAUUUUAGGAAAUAUGUUCUGUGAAACAGAAUUCUUCAAAAGGACAGAAUCUGUGUUUUUAUUGUUACCUGUAGUUAUAGAGGAGGAACUGUACUUGUGCAAAACAAAAUUCUAGAUAGCCAUCCUUUCUCUUAGGUAAGUGGUUUGUGAAUAUUGUAGGCUUUUAUGAAUAUUUAAAGACUUUCUAGGUAUAAUCACAUGUAGUAAAUGGGAAGUGCAUGACAAUAGGAGCAUACUUCUACAACUACAUUAAUGUAAUGAAAAAUACAAGUUUGUUUUGUGGGUUGCAACAGAUAGCUCAAGCAGGCUGUUGUCAGGAAAUAAGUAAAAAUAGACAGGAAGUGCUGAGCAUUUAUUUCCUUCCAUGGCAGAAGUACAUUUAUAAAUUCAUAGCCUUUUUUUCAAGGAACUUGUCAAUAAGACACCAAGCAAGUAGUAACAAUUAAAAAACAUCAGACUUUACAAUUUACAAAAAAAAAAUAUUUAUUCAUGUUAAGUUUGAAAUUUUCUUUAAAGGAGUAGCACAAAGUCACUAAAGGAGUGUUAAAGUCCAGGUACUGCAUGUAAAUUUUUUGAAAAGCACAGAUAAAUCGCAUUUGUGAUCAAAAGAAGUUCAAUAAAGAGGAGCAUUGGGAGCGUUGAUCUCUCCACAAUCUUAA